UUUAUCCAAAUUCCAAACCCCAUUCAUUCAUUUCUCUCUUCUUCCUCUCUAUCUCCAUCACCUCAUCCUCUCCGCCACUCUCUCUCUCUCUCUCUCUCUCUUCAAUUCAAUCAUGUCCGGCCGCCACGACAAAGAAAAAGGCGUCAAUGUUCAAGUCCUCCUUCGUUGCAGGCCUUUCAGUGAAGAUGAAUUGCGUACCAAUGCGCCUCAAGUCGUUAGUUGCAAUGAUUACAACAGAGAAGUAUCUGUUUCUCAGAACGUAGCCGGCAAGCAUUUUGAUCGAGUUUUCACUUUUGAUAAGGUCUUUGGUCCUUCUGCAAAGCAAAAGGAUCUUUAUGAUCAAGCUGUAAUUCCAAUAGUAAAUGAAGUUCUAGAGGGCUUUAAUUGUACUAUAUUCGCAUAUGGUCAAACUGGUACAGGGAAGACUUAUACAAUGGAAGGUGAUUCCAAAAAAACAAAGAGUGGGCCUAACGGAGAGUUGCCUGCAGAAGCAGGAGUCAUACCUAGGGCUGUUAAGCAGAUUUUUGACACUCUUGAGGGGCAGAAUGCUGAAUAUAGUGUAAAAGUAACUUUUCUAGAAUUGUAUAAUGAGGAAAUUACUGAUUUGCUUGCCCCGGAGGAAAUUUCAAAAGUUUCUUUGGAGGAGAAGCAAAAAAAGCAGCUUCCUCUUAUGGAGGAUGGUAAAGGUGGUGUUCUUGUAAGAGGUCUAGAGGAAGAAAUCGUAACAAGUGCGAAUGAAAUUUUCACACUGCUGGAGAGAGGGUCCGCCAAACGCCGUACUGCUGAAACUUUAUUGAACAAGCAAUCAAGUCGGUCACAUUCAUUGUUUUCCAUUACAAUCCACAUCAAGGAAGCAACCCCAGAAGGUGAAGAACUUAUAAAAUGCGGCAAACUAAAUUUAGUUGAUUUAGCAGGUUCAGAAAAUAUUUCCCGUUCUGGUGCUAGAGAGGGUCGUGCAAGAGAAGCGGGGGAAAUCAAUAAAAGUUUACUUACUUUAGGGCGUGUUAUCUCUGCACUUGUGGAGCACCUUGGCCAUAUCCCUUACAGGGAUAGCAAGUUGACGCGUUUAUUGCGCGAUUCACUUGGUGGAAGAACGAAAACAUGUAUCAUAGCUACCGUCUCUCCUGCAGUUCAUUGCUUAGAGGAGACCUUGAGCACGUUGGACUAUGCACACAGGGCGAAGAACAUAAGAAAUAAGCCCGAGGUUAACCAAAAACUGAUGAAAACAACUCUAAUCAAGGAUCUCUAUGGUGAAAUUGAACGUCUUAAGGGAGAGGUUUACGCUGCACGUGAGAAAAAUGGCAUCUACAUACCAAAGGACAGAUACAUUCAGGAGGAGAAUGAAAAGAAGGCCAUGACAGAUCAGAUUGAGCAGAUGAAUAUUGCAUUAGACAGUCAUCAGAAGAAAUUUGAGGAAUUGCAAAGCAAAUACAAUGACCAAAUUUUGCAGUGCUCAUAUUUGAGCACAAAACUCGAUGCCACUGAGAAAAACUUGAAGCACACCAGCAUAUUGCUUGCCAACACAGAGGAAGAGUUAAAGAAAUGUCGGUAUACUCUGAAAGAGAAAGAUUAUAUCAUUUCUGAGCAGAGGAAAGCAGAAAAUGCUCUUACUCAGCAAGCAUGCAUUUUACGAGCUGAUUUGGAGAAAGCUGUUCAAGAUAAUGCAUCAUUGUUUUUUAAAAUUGAUAGAGAAGAUAAACUGAAGUCAGAUAACAGAGCUGUGGUGGAUAAUUUUCAAGUGGAGCUCGCCCAGCAAGUCAGUUCUCUUUGUAAUACUGUGGCAACAUCAUUGUCUCAACAGAAUGAACACCUUCAAUGCGUGGAGAACCUUUGCCAUUCAUUUAUGGGCGUUCAUGAUAAGGCAGUUGUUGAUCUGAAGCAGAAAGUUACAACUCUGAGGGCUUUGUAUAUAUCUCAUGUCGAAGCGAUGCAAAAUGUUGUACGUUUGCAUAAGUCGGGCUCUGAUGCUACCUUUCAGGAACUAUCAUCUCUUAUAUCCUCUAAUGGUCACUGUAUUGAAGAAUUUCUUGCAUCUGAGGCCACCAAAGCAGGUUCAAUACUUGAUGAUCUUCAGACUUCUCUUUCAACCCAGCAGGGUGAAUUAGCACUUUUUGCAAGUGAACUAGGCCAUAGAUUAAGUGUCAAUGCUGAGAAAAUAAAGGAUUUAUCUGAAUGCACACAUGACUUUGAGGAUAAGCUUUUCAAAGACGUAAAAAAGCUUGAAAAUUUUGCGUCUGAAGCUGAUGAAAUGCAAAUGAAGAGCAUCACUGAGUUUAAAAAAGCUUAUGAGGAGCAAUCAAGAUCUGAUACAGAGAAACUUAUAGCUGAUAUAACUAGUUUAUUAUCAAAUCACGCUUGUCGUCAAAAUGAUAUGGUAGAUACAAAGCUUGUUGAUCUUCGAAAAAAUGGCAUUGCCAGCAAGUCAUUAUUGGAUGAACAUGUAUCAUCAAUGGGGGAUAUUCUGUCAUGUUCAAAGAGAAAGUGGCAUAGCAUAUGCACGCAAGCAGAAAAAGAUGCACGAGACACUGCUGAAUUUUCUACCACUAAGCAUGGUUAUAUGGAGGAGCUACUGCAGCAGAGUAUCAAUACUGCUCAAUCGGCUUUCCAAAAUACAAAAAAAGCACAUGAAGUUAUAAAUGAGAUUGGAGCCAAGCAUAUUUCAGAAAUAGUGUCACUUAUCAGGGAUGCUACCGAUAGCAAUAUGAAACAUGACAUUGAAAUUAAUUGUGCUCGGGUUACAGCUGAGGAAGAUGUGGCAAAGAACAGUGACGAUGUCCUUCAACGGUUUGACGACAUGUCGGUACAGGAGCGGGGUUCCAUAUCUGGUAUGUUGAAUGUUGUUAAAACUCAUGUAGAUACACUUGAAACCUUCAGAGAGGAUCACUCUGGCCUAACUACUUCAAUUGAAGAAAACUCACGGGAAAUUUUUCAGCAGAAGUAUAGGGACUAUGAGCCAAUUGGGACUACCCCAAUAAGAAGUGAAUUUGAAGUUCCAAGUAAAGCGACAAUAGAGUCUUUUCGAUCCUUGCCAAUAGAAACCCUUAUUGAGCAAUUCCGGGAAAACAAUUCAUAUGAAUCACUUCAUUCACUUGAUAUAAAGGAGUUGAAACCAUCACUAAUUCCUCGUUCUCCCCUAAGUCAAGUAAAUAUAACUAAGGGGAUAACGAGGUAUCAUUGAUUUACUUUAGUCGUUCACAUAAUCAUUGAUAUGUUUGUAUUUGUAACGUAGUCAAUGUUUCAAUAUAAUAUUGUUCAUAGCUGCAAGCAUGUAUCUUCAAUUGAUAUGGCCAAUUUGUAUAUUAUGCAACAUCUGCAUGUUGCUAAAUUUUGUUCUUUUCCUGUCAUUCAUUUGGCAAAUACCUUAUAAUGAUACAAAUGCUUGACUA